UUCGUGCUCCGUAAAAUGGGCAUCCCAGACGCCCCCAACUAACAGGCUGGCCGGUCAAGGUGCUGGCGGGGCGGUGACCAGGGCGGUGCCCGGAGCCAAGCCUCCCAGCCGGCCGCGACCACGUGGGGCGGCGGCGGCGGCGGCAGCAGCAGCAGCAGCAGCAGCAGCAUCGGCAGCAGCAGCAGCAGCGCGGGCGGAACCCAGGCUCGGAGACUUGCGGCCCGCCCGGGCCUCUGCAGCGAGGGCCCCGGCGGAAGUGUGGGCGCCAGAAGCUGUGGACCUGGCCAGCACAAUGCAGACUCCAUUGGCCAUUCCUGUGCCUGUGCUCCGGCUGCCCCGGGGCCCCGACGGCUUGAGUCGUGGCUUUGCCCCUGAUGGACGCAGGGCCCCCCUGAAGCGCGUAGCUACUGAAAUCCAAGAGUGUCCCAUCCUUCAAGAAUCUCCAGAAUCCCAGGAACAGCGAGCCCGAGCUGCCCUUCGGGAGCGCUACCUCCGCAGCCUGCUGGCCAUGGUGGGUCGCCAGGUGAGCUUCACACUGCACGAGGGUGUGCAUGUGACUGCCCACUUUGGAGCCACUGACCUGGAUGUGGCCAACUUCUACGUGUCGCAACUGCAGACUCCCAUAGGUGUGCAGGCUGAGGCACUGCUUCGAUGUAGUGACAUUAUUUCAUACACCUUCAAGCUGUGAAGACAAUAUUGUGGUCACCCUUCUGCUGUGGGCUUAGCCACAGUAUCACAGGCCUCCAAAUGUUCCUGAGCCAGGCACUGUGGACCCCACAGAGUUCUAAGCUCCCUGGGAAUUUUGAACCAAGCACCUCUGGAUUUUUGAGGCCUCCAGGGUCUAGUUGUAAAAGUCUGCAACCCUAGGAAAUCCAGAUCUCGUUGAAAGUAAUGCUCUACCUUGUAGAACUCUGGACUCUACAGAAAUAUGGGCCAGUGCCAGUUCCUGAAGACCUGGGUGGGAGGGUGGGGGCUGGAGAAAGAUGAACCGCAUUGGAGAGUUUGCAGAAUUCAACCACCUGAAGAUAACGCCCCAAAGCUCCCCUCCUGCCAAAGAACCAAUUAUCCCAGGAAAAUUUGACUUCUGUUUUUCAUUUUCUAUGUAUUCCAUGGGGGAUGGAGUCAAAUUUAGGAGUUGUUAGAAUGGUUAUCCUAGGGCGGAAUCCUGUGGGGCUGGAUACAGAUGGUGAGGAGCUUGGAUAAAGGUGCAGGGAUUGUGUCACCCCAGGUCCCAGGGAUGGCUGGAGACCCCUGAAUGGGGGCUCGGGACCUAAUUUUGGGGUGGGCCCGAUGUACCUUUACAAGGCGACGGCAUGGCUCUUAUUGGGUCACUUGGUCUUGCCCAAGUGCUCAUGGCAAGCCGCAGAUUUGCUUUUCUGUUCCAUACUGGGUGGGGGCGGGAUGCUCCGAUCUUGUGGUGAUGUCUAAGAAGAGGCUGGAGAUUAAAAGAUAGCAUGAAGCUUU